UUUGCAGCUGGCGAGCCGCUACCACGGGCGCGAGUUCAGCUUCCACAGCCCACUGCGGGCGACUUGACGAAAAAUUUUUCUGCCAUAUAUGGAAUACACACUUUGCUACGACCUAGAAAUGCGGACUAUAAGAGAUUUGAAAUUUCAGCAUUGCUCCCUCGAACAUGAUUUCAGCGCAUUCAGCGCUGAUAUUGGCCCGAGCGGCGUCCACAGCCCUGCUCAUUCCGGCGGCCGCCGUCAGCAUUGAAUGGCUGCGAUACGAUUCAGCAGGACGGCGCCUCCGUAUUCAGCAGCCCCGCUUCCGAAAGUCCCCAGCCUGCCCGGCCAAUCUGGUGUCGCCGGGUUGAUCCGGAGCUAGCCGCUUUCGGGACUUACAACUUUGGCAAGACGUGCCCCUGGGCUUGCCACGCUGCCUGAAGGUGCGAGUGCAAACAAGUCAGAC